CUCUAACCGGAAGUAAAGUCUGCGCAAGCUUGUCACUUCUUCUCGUUACCUGCACAGACGACGACGCAAGUGGACCCUCAUUGAAGUCGUGAUUGUCUCUCGAGUAAUAACAUUUGCAACCCAGCGGAUCAUUUACCCCCCAACAUUCUUUCUGUGUGACUUUUGUGACGAAAGAACACCACCAAGGUCGACGACCAACAUGUUGUUCGGUUGCUUGGUUUCGAUGCUUCUGUUCACGUCUCUACUAACAGGUGUGAGUGGCUUUUCAGUAACCACGAGCAAUGCUAACGUACAAGUUAAAGAAAAUGCAGGGGUUGACCUUACAUGCUCUUAUACAGCUGACUUUGGUUCAAGUCCCAGGGUGGUGUGGAAGUUCAAGGACCGUACAGGUUCACAGAAAUAUGUAUUUUAUGAUGGAAAUCCCACUACGACGUAUUCCAACCGUGUGACAAUGUAUGGCAGCAAUCUGAGAUUUAGUAAAGUGACCCGCAAGGAUAAUGGAGUGUAUGACUGUGAGGUGUCUUCAACCGAUAGUCAGUUUAAGGAGGCCAGAGUGACGCUCACAGUUCUCGUGCCUCCGUCUCCACCAUUGUGUAGAGUUCCCACCUCAGUGACAACUGGAAAAAAGGCCUUGUUGACCUGUCACGAUGGAGACGGCUCCCCCUCUUCCCAAUACAAGUGGUACAGAAAUGGCAUCCCUCUGCCAGCUGAACCAAGCAAGAUUUCGGGCUUCCAGAAUUAUACCUAUCUGCAGAACUCUGUGGCUGGCACUUUGGAGUUUCCUUCUGCCAAAAAGAUGGAUGCGGCCGAAUACUACUGUGAGGCUUCAAACAUUGCUGGUCCUUCUCAGCGCUGUAAAGCUUUGAAAAUGGAAGUCCGUGACGUAAACACAGGAGGCAUUGUUGCUGGGGUAAUUGUGGCUCUACUGCUGCUCGUCCUACUUGCUGUAGGAAUUUGGUACGCUCACAAGAAAGGAUAUCUGCCCAGUGAGACACAAAAACCCAAUGUGGUCUACCAGCCCCCUUCAGUGUAUGGUGGCGAGGAUGAUGAUGGGGAUUUCAAGCAGAAGUCAUCUUUUGUGGUAUAGCCUCCAAGCUACAGCCUGGUUUGAACUGUUUGUCUUUUUGAUGUUUUAUAUACAAUGAUUUGUCAAAGAGCAGUACGUUGAUACAUUUAUUUAAUCUGUUUCAUCUGCUGUACAUCAGCUUUUCAAGUUUUAAACAUUCAUUUUAGAAGAAAUAGGACCUACAGGAAAAUAAUUGCAUACCAAGUUAAAAAGUGUCUGUAAUGUUACUAAGCAGUCCAAGGAUUAUACGGACCAAAACUCUUUGGAUUUUUGGAGUAUGCUCCUGAUUGCGUUUUUAAUUAAAACUUGAAAAAAGUCAUUUUAAUAACAUGUCAACUUUAAACUUUUGAAACUGGCUGUUAUUACCAUUAUUUUUGAAAACCUGUGUACCAAGAAGUUGUUUUUUUUUGUAAAUAGUCUUUUUUUGUGCUUUUAAUAGUAUAAAUUAUUCUCCUUGGCCUUUCUUGGAAAAAUAAAAAAAACUUAAAGGGGUUGUUUGCAACCUUUACGCAGAUGAUAUGGAGACCGCUAAGUUUCGAGAAUGUUGAAAGCAUUACACCCUGCCAUCUUUUGGCUUUAAGCAACUAAUGAUGUAAGUGCGCCUGUAUGUAAAAAAAUAAUGCAAAAAAAAACACACGGACAUUAGCUUUGAGUGUGGUCAGCUAAUGAUAGUGAUUUAUCAAAGUUUAGCUACUGAUGUUAGCUAUCAUGUUAGCUAUCAUCAAAUGUAUAUUCUAUUUUAACAACAAGACCACAAUUGUUAACUGCUUUUCAUGGACUGCUUUUGUGUGUGGACGUUUGCUCCCUUUGUGGACGAGAAAGUGACAAGCCUAAGUGCCGGACAAAUUCCUCAGGCCGAGAAACACAUUUUAGUCAAUAUUAAUAGUAAUUGUGAAAAAUCUAGACAUUUUAAAGAAAAAAAAUUCUGCUGAAGUAUUAAAAGUAGCUAAUUAGCCGGUGGUGUUUUAGCGUUAUAUUUUUUGGUUAAAAAUGUUUUUUCUUUGCGCAAGUUGCAAACAGCCCUUUUAAGUGAAGGUGUGACUGACAUACUUUGUAACACAUAUGCAUUUUAGAUUAACAUUCUAAUUACGAUACUGUAUAAUUAACUGGAGAAUGAACUGAACGUAUGAUAGAGUUGUUCUCGAUUGCUCUUUGUUUGUGUUUGCAGUUUGGGAACUACAGUACAUUGGUUAAACUAAUGCAAGCAGGGUAUAUGCAGUGUUUUUCCAGCACAGUUAUUUUAUUGCCUGUUAAAGUUAAUACAAUUACAUCACAGGAAAGUGUGAAUUAAUGCUGUGGUUUAAACACAUCCUAACAAAAUCCUAACAUUUUUGUAUGGUCAUGUUUUGGAUGUUUUACCUCAACUUAUUUUUUUGAUUUUUUUUUUUUUAAAUACGUUUUGUAGUUAAUCUUUCAACAAUCUUGUUUUUUACAGAGUCAACAUAGAUAGACAUUGGUUUAUAUCAUGCAUUUAUUCAACAUCUAAUAAAGUACUAUAUUUAUUUGGGAGCCCUUAAUGUUGUUUUUUAAAUACUGUAUGUUCCUAAGAGUUUGAAACUGAUGGAACAACCUGAUUAUGUAACAUUUGUA